AUUCUCGCUCGCACAGGCACACACUCUCGCUCUUGUCACUUUCAGUUUUUUUUUCCUUCGCUGUGUACAUACAACUAUGUACGGACGAAAUUCUGCUGCCUAUUUCAGUCAAUUAAACGGAUAGCAUGACAUCAGACGGUUUGCUCGAAUUGCGGCUAGCAUUCCUUUUAAUUUGUGGUUAUGGGGUGGGGGUAAACACCCUUUUGUGUUAGCAACUAACGGGUUUGAUAAGGGGAAGAUAAUCGCCGAUAAAGCGGCCUCUCGCCAUGCUGCGUUUUGCCGCAGAUUUGGCAGAAUGCUAUUGAUUAAUUAUUUAUAACUUACGGUUGAUCCGUGCGAUUUUCAGUUUGCCACCGGUGACCACCGUGGCCGCGUUCCUGCUCUGCCCCCUUAUCAUUUAUUCGAUUGACGUGUUCGACGUUGCUCUCCUUCGCUAUCCGCUAUUCUUUUUUAUUCACUUUGCCAUAUUAUUUUUAGAGUUUUUAAUUAUAGCAGCUAACGGGAGUAACAAAUUUAUCUUGUAUUCACCCCGCACGCCUUGAUAACUCGACGCGCGUUUAUAGGAGGUGUUAACAGUUUUAAAUGUCAGGGUUUUCUAAUCCCACAAGCCCUUGCUGCAGUUGCAACGUCGUGCAUUAGUGUAUCCAACUCGGUUUUGUUAGAAUGGAAUGGGUGGAAAUCAUAGAGCCUCGUACCCAGGAGCAUAUGUACGCAAACCUUACCACUGGAGAAUGCGUAUGGGACCCUCCACCUGGUGUACCAGUGAAAAAGACAGAUAACAACCAAUGGUGGGAACUGUUCGAUCAAAAUACUUCACGGUUUUACUAUUAUAAUGCAACCUCUCAGAAAACUGUUUGGCACCGUCCAAGUGAUUGUGACAUCAUACCGCUAGCAAAGCUCCAGACGUUGAAGCAGAACACGGAGCCGGCAAGUAGCAGUGGAGCGGACAACCAGAAGUUAACCGAGCCAAGAAAGAAAGAAUCCGUUUCCACCCAGACACAGACCCCUUCCGUUAGCCGAUCGACAAGGUUCAGUCACCAAGAAAGUUCCAAUCUGUCUUCUUCGUUGCAAAGUGGCAGUGCAAAUAACAAAACACGGAUAUCUGGCGUCGGGGUUGACCUUCAGACGUCUCCGCCAUCUCCUUCACCGUCAGCGAGGCGUCACCACCAUCACCAUCACCAUCACCACAAUAAUAGGCACCACAGGCACCAUGAAGUGCCCACAGCUCGUCGGCAGCACAAUCACUCGCAGGAUUCCGGGCGUUCCAGCGACAGUUCGGUCUCCCACAGUCGGACGUCCUUGGAAUCGACUGGUUACCGGCUGCUGGACUCACCGCACCGGCACCAGCACCACAGACCUGCCCAACAGGCGCCAGCCAACCAAGCACAAUCCUCGCCCAGACAGCACAGCGGCACUCUGGAGGCCAGGGGUCACAAGAGCGGUACCCUGGAGAGCGUGAAGAAUCAGAAGUCCGUGCCGCUGGGCGAGCCACCGCCAUUAGGUUUAUCGCUUUCCACUAGCACCCCUCUGUUCAAGAAGAAGACGUUCGUCGACUCGCAACCACGCGAGGGUAGGGCAGGCAAUUUAGAAUUGGAAAAGAAUAAAAAUGGUAGGGAGAGUAGUAGAGGCUCCUACGGUCCGGAGCCGAGCACCUCACCAUAUCGCGACUCGUUGAUGGAGUCUAGACUAUUCAGGCAGGAGAUGCCUCCAUACCGUCCGCCAGAAGUUCAAUUGAGUCAUAGUUAUAAAUCGCAGGGUGAGAAAUAUGGCUCCCUGGUGGAAAGUAGCAAUCGUUAUCAUAGAGAUAGGGACAGAGAGAUUCAUCAUAGAGAGAGAGUAAAUAGUUUGGACAAGACGAACCCUUCAGCCUUUUAUCCAAGUUCCAUGCAUUCGCGUAAUAUGAAUAAGCAAGAUAAUACUGGUAGCAUAGGGAGGAGGCAUCAUGGUUGCUCGGUGUCCCUGUCCGAAGCGAACGUCAGGGACAUGUACGGGGCCAUGUUGGUGGAGAGGAACGAGCCUUCGAAGAGCCUGGUCAGGGGCACCGCGGGUGUCCUCAGCGGCGCGUCCAAGCAGCGAAGCGUCGACGUCGGCGAGAGGGAGCGUGAGCGAGAAAAGGAGUUCAGAAGAAACACAGCGUGCAAUAAUUCGAUUGAUUGUGUGCAGCAGCCACUGGCCCGAAGCUACAGUUUUGUACAGCAACAGAAGCAGCAGCAGAAGAUGCAGCAGAUGCACCAGCAGCAGUCUAGGAGAAGGGACCGGGACGACGACUCGAUGCAUGAGCGUUACCUGAUCAGCCAGAGCCACGAGCAGCCCAGGCAGAGGCUCAGCAGCAACACUAGCAGUAGCAAUAGUAGUAAUAGUAGCAGCAACAGCGCGGUGGGCGAAGAGACCGAGGGACUCACGGAGGGUGACGACAGCAAGAAGAAGAGAAGCAACGGCAACCCUAGUCCUCCACCGUCUUCGUUCUACAGGAUCCCGUUGUCCGAUGCCGAUUACUUGCUGCCGCUUCAGCACUAUAUACUUCAGCAAGCGAAGCUCUCAGGUUGUUAUAAGUUCGGAGAUCCUUUGUUAGUAGAGGAAGGUGACGACUCCUUGGAUGAGGAGGGUGGAAGGGGCGAGGACAUCGGCGGGAGGGCCGAGGACGAUUCCGACGACCAGUUCGCGGACGACGAGGCAGCCAGUAACCAGGGCGACUCUUCCAGCCAGGAGUACCUCGAAGACCAUUACGCAGACUUGGGCAAUUACGACACGGCCGGCUUGGCGACCUACUACAACACCGCGGACACACUGACGAGGCCGCAGGUGCGGCCCCCGUCUCCUCCGAACACCACGGUGCAGACGGACACCAGGGACAUCGUGACGGCGACGAGACAGGUGACGAUUCCCACCUGCACCAUCAGCACCCUGCCUACGAUCGGCAGCGGGGUGGACAACAUCGACACCGAGGAGGCCAGGAGGAACGACAACGCCGGCGGUGGCGGCGGCGGCGACAUCGAGACGUACGCGAAAGACAAUCUGAACCCGAACUGCGCCCGGCCGAAGGGGCUGAGGCUGUUGUUUCGGAAGAAGUUCAGUGUGCGGGACAUCCUCAGCUGGUCGAAGGACCCGAUCCCGCAGCCGAUGCUGGUCGUGGUGGACGGUGAAAAGUUACUGAAGCGGGAGGCCUGCAACCUGUUCAGGCUGGUGCAAGUGUACAUGGGUGAUCGGAAGGCGAACGUCGGCAUGACGCUGGACAGUGUAGCGAUGGACAUUGUAAAUACCGCGUUCUCGAAGCCACCGUUGAGGGACGAGCUCUACGUCCAGAUCUGCAGACAGACCACCGAGAAUCCGAGGAAGGACAGCCUCCGCAGAGGCUGGGAGCUGAUGGCCGUUUGCCUGGCCUUCGUGCCUCCCAGCGCCAUAUUCGAGCCCUACCUCGAGGGCUACAUGAACAGACACCGGGAUCCAAACUUCCAGUUCCCGGAGGUGGCCAAGUGGCCGAUCCACGUGCAGGUCAGCCAUUAUGCCACGGUGGCCUGCAGACGUCUCCAACGGAUAGGCGCCCAUGGGAAACGGCAGCCCCGUAAGGCCACCAUAGAGGACAUAGAUCAAGCCAGGAUUCAGAUCUUCCGGGCGUCCAUGUUCGGGGCUACGCUGUCCGAAGUGAUGGCGCUGCAGAGAGACAGAUAUCCUACCCGAGAGUUACCAUGGAUACAAACCACCCUGACGAGGCAGGUGCUGGCGCGUGGCGGCAUCCUGACCGAGGGCAUCUUCAGGGUGUCCGCGGACGCGGAUGAGGUCAGCGCCUUGAAGGCUUGCCUGGACAGGUUCGAGGAUGGCACCAUCCUAGCGGCUUCUCAGGACGCGCACGCACCUGCCUCUCUGCUGAAGCUGUGGGUCCGCGAGCUCUACGAGCCGCUGAUACCCGACUCCUUCUACGCGGAGUGCGUGUCGAUGAGACACGACGAUCCUGAUGUCUCGGCAGCUAACGUCGCUGCCCUGGUGGACAGGCUGCCCGAUCUGAACCGGCGGGUUCUGUGCCAUUUGAUACGGUUUCUACAGAUCUUCGCCAGACACGAAGUGGUGGCCCGCACCAAGAUGGACGCCAACAACCUGGCCAUGGUGAUGGCGCCGAACAUACUGCGCUGCACCUCGCAAGAUCCCCGCGUGAUCUUGGAGAACGCACGGAAAGAGAUGGCUUUUGUUCGUACUCUAAUCGAGUCAUUAGAAACUGCUUGGGUCGAUGAUCUUCACUGACCUUAUUCUAUUGCGCUAGAAGAAUGAACGCUCUAGACUACUAUGCCAAAUGAAAUCAGCUGUAUAUUCAUAAGUAUUGUUAGUUAUUUCACUAUUUCUCUAUUAUCUUUCACCUUCGUUUGGUCUCAACUUCAUCACACCAACCACCGAACCAACCGCCACCGUGAGCCCUCUCCACUCACCCACGAAUAGUCUCCACCCUUCCCUCCUUCCUCUCUCCUCCUCUGUCCACCUGUUUCAAUGUUCUUAAAUGGUAAUUUUAGUGCUACGAGUCUUACCAAGCUAAUCACACACAGACACCGAGCCCCCCUCCGCCUCUCCUCGUUCCCUAUUUAUUAAUUUAUAUUGCAAAUUAUAUGUUAUACAGAUAGAGAUUAUUAUUAUAUUAUGUAUAUCACUAUAUAUCAUAUUAUAUAUUUUACCAACCCCCUUGUUACCGCGUUGACCGUAACGCGGACGGCUUUUUUACUCGAUUAUUGUUGAAUCUCGUGUAAGAUAAACAGGAAUCAUGUGUUACCGUGUAUAGCUCUGCACUCCGCGAUGAUCUUUUUGUAUAAGCGACGAACAUUGGCGUGUACAACCGUUUAUCGAGGAGUAAACAUUGCAAAAGAUUAGCAAGCUGUACCAAACUGUGUUUCAAUUUACUCCGGCGGACAUUUUUUCGGGAUACUUACCUCGCGCUUUAUAUAUGGCUGUAUACAGGGGUGACUCGCGUGUAACCGUCCGCCCAUGCGUCUCUGCUUGAAUUGAAAAUCGGAACAAAAUCACCUACAACAGAGAUUUUAUCGUUUCGCAUUGCGUUAUCGAUGAUUUUCCUGCUUUAAUUUUAAUCUCGAAGGUCUUUUCGAAGGUCACCGAUUUAUUUUUAGACGACACCGUGUGUGUUUUUAUUUCCCCCAGCUAAGUUCAUCCUCGCCGCAGUUGUUCCGAUGCCUACAUUUUUAAUUUGAUCAGAGACAGGGUGUGCGAUUUCUGGUUUACGACGAUUCGUCUUGUAUACGGGGAUAACACACUGUGCGUGUGUGUUUGUGAUUUUCUUUUUUUUUUCGAAGAGAUUGCGGCUGUUCAAACAACAACUGUUGAAAGUUCUGUAUGGCAUUACAAAUUUAUAUUUCACAUUCGACGGUAUUUAUAAAAAUUACUACUAAACAA